GAGGGCGGGGCGAAGUGGAGACGGACUUGGCGGGGGCGGGGCGCGCGUUGAGAAGAUGGCGCUGCGUCUGCUGAGGAGGGCGGCGCGUGGAGCGGCGGCCGCGGCGGCGCUGCCAAGGCUGAGAGCAUCUCUGGCAACUGAUGUGUCCAGUCUCAGGCACAGUUCCUCACCCAGUCACAAGUACAUUCCCCGGAGGGCAGUGCUCUAUGUACCUGGAAAUGAUGAGAAGAAAAUAAAGAAGAUUCCCUCCCUGAAUGUAGAUUGUGCGGUGCUCGACUGUGAGGAUGGUGUGGCUGUGAACAAAAAGAAUGAAGCUCGAUUGAGAAUAGUGAAAACUCUUGAAGACUUUGAUCUGGGCCCAACUGAAAAGUGUGUGAGAAUCAACUCGGUGUCCAGUGGUCUGGCUGAAGAAGACCUGGAGGUCCUCCUGCAGUCCCGGGUCCUUCCUUCCAGCCUGAUGCUCCCAAAGGUGGAAGGUCCUGAAGAAAUCCGAUGGUUUUCAGACAAAUUUUCACUCUACUUAAAAGGCCGCAAACUUGAACAACCUAUGAAUUUAAUCCCUUUUGUGGAAACUGCAAUGGGUUUGCUCAAUUUUAAGGCCGUGUGUGAAGAAGCUCUAAAGAACGGGCCUCAAGUGGGUCUUUCUCUAGAUGCAGUCAUUUUUGGAGGAGAAGACUUUCGAGCCAGCAUAGGUGCAACAAGUCGUAAGGAAACGCAGGACAUCCUCUACGCCCGACAAAAGAUUAUCGUUGUAGCCAAGGCCUUCGGGCUCCAGGCCAUCGACCUGGUGUACAUCGACUUCCGGGAUGGAGAGGGGCUUCUCAAGCAGGCGCGAGAGGGAGCUGCGAUGGGAUUCACUGGUAAGCAGGUGAUACACCCUAACCAAAUCGCAGUGGUCCAGGAGCAGUUUUCUCCUUCCCCUGAAAAAAUUAAGUGGGCUGAAGAGCUGAUUGCUGCCUUUAAGGAACAUCAGCAAUUAGGAAAGGGAGCCUUUACUUUCGGAGGGAGCAUGAUCGACAUGCCAUUACUGAAGCAGGCCCAGCACAUUGUUACGCUUGCCACAUCCAUCAAGGAAAAAUGAUCUGCUAAAUGAAGCUCUCAUCAGGAGUUCAGCCAGGCUGCAGUCCUGAAACCAGAGUCCCGCCUGAGGUCUGCAGCACAAGUCAGCCCUUCUGCAUGUUUGUAAACAGCCUGUCAGAUUUGCUAAGGGAUCAAACACUGUGGGUCCUGGCCCCAUUCUGCCCUUGGCCGGACACCGGGAACUGGAAAGCUGUGCUCAGUCUUAGGGCAGAAUUUGGCCAACUCGAGGUGUUCUGCUCCAGUAGGAGCUCUGGUUCAGGAAUCAGAAUGAAAACUGAGGAAGAACAGAGGGGAGUUAAAACUGCCGAACCCUAAGUCAGAGACAAAGCUUCCUAUCACCAGGAAGAGUAGAAAACAAGCCACUCUCAAAUCACCUGUGCCUCCCUAUUGACCAAGGGGGAUCCUGCAAGGAUAUCAGACUUCUCGGUUGGUCAAAAUCAAUUUCUCUCUCACACUGUGUGGGCAGCAUGUAGACAUAUAGCAAACUGGACCUGGUCCCAGAGAUUAGUCUAAGCCCUGGAAGGAACUUUCCAGAUUCUCUUCAUUACAUAAAUAAGAGAGUGGAUACACUGAAAACUCUCUCAUGAAAAACAAAGAUUAAACACCAACUACAUGGUGAUGUUAAAAUAUCUAUCUAAAGGGGAGAAAUUCAGUGAAAAGAAACCAGGGGUGGGGUUUUUAAUUUUUUUGGUUUGGGGUUUCUUUUUUUGGUCUGCAUAAUACCACAUAGCUGGUUUAUUGUUUUGGUUUUUUGCUGGAUUUUGUUUUGUUUUUACAAUGAAUCAAAUUGCCUUAGUUAUUAAGACACAGUAAAAGAACGGAGAGAAAAACGAACAUUCCGUUUCAGAGAGCUUUGUGGUAGAGUUCCUUCAGCAGGCUAUCCGCUCUAAGCAUCUGGCUUAUUUAUGUAUUUAUUUUCUUUAAAAGGGCCCUUUUGCGUUCCAUGGAAGUAAGAACAUAAAAACCAACAUGAACUCCUGGCUUAGAAUCUCUGGGAAAACUGUGUUAAUGACCCAAACUCCCAAAUGAGGAAGGGAGCAUUGCGUGUCCUCCAUGGGAGUUCCAGAGACUACCAUCCCUGCAGCAGCUUCCAGGGGAGCCUCCCCUGCAACGCUUCCCCCCAUGUGGUGUGAUGGAGCUCCCACUACCGCUACCGGGAGACCCCGCUGCCUUUCCACACCAGCCACACAGCGCCUCCCCCAAGGGGCCCUCCUAAACUAUGCGGGACACUCCUGCGAUAAGCCUUUGCACAAGCGGUAACCCCUCCCUUUCCAUCCCCCCAACAAACUCCUUGACCAUUCUUCAAGGCACAACUUGAAGGCCACUUCUGUGAGGGCUCCCUAACUCCCCAGAGACAACGUGCUGGCCACCCCAAGUCCUUCCAUCGCAUUGGAGAUUUCUUUUGUGAUACCGUAUGUGUGUCCCCAAAACAGUGUGGAGGCCCUGAACAGUGGACACCGCCAUGCACCUCCAGAUGCCUCCCCUGCUCAGCUCUCACCAAGCCCUCCAAAGGCCCCCUGGAAGUGUGCUCAUUAAAAUCAGGCCCCGAGGAGUUCCCGUCGUGGUGCAGUGGUUAACGAAUCCGACUAGGAACCAUGAGGAUGCGG